AUGGAGAAUCGCCGACCACUGAACGUAGCAGUCAUCGGCGUCGGCCAGAUGGGCAUCAGCCACGCUCUAGCCUACCACCACAAUCCAGGCUUCGAGAUCAUCGCUCUUGUCAACCGAAGUCCCAUCAAACACCUCCCGGAAGAGCUAAAGAUUUACAAAAUUUUCGACGAUAUACAAGAGGCCCUCUGCCUCACGCCAGAUGUAGUAUCGAUUAACACACACAUGGCGACACAUGCCAAAUACGCCGUGACCGCGAUGGAAGCCGGCGCCCACGUCUUCGUGGAGAAACCGUUAGCUGCGACGGUCGCAGAAGCAGAGAAUGUCGUGAACGUCGCACGCCGCACAAAUCGAAAGUUAGUGAUCGGGUAUAUCCUUCGACACCAUCCCAGCUGGGUGGAAUUCAUUCGACAAGCCAGACAGCUCGGUCCGCCCUUCGUAAUGCGAAUGAAUCUGAACCAGCGAUCAACAGGCGAAGCAUGGAAUAUCCAUAAACGACUCCUUCAAGACGCGAAGAAUCCUGUCGUUGAUUGCGGUGUCCAUUAUUUGGACGUCAUGCUUCAAAUUACCGAUAGCAAGCCGGUUCAGGUUCGUGGUAUGGGUCUUGCUCUCAGCGAUGAAAUCCCGGCUGGCGAUCAGGUUAAUUAUGGGCAUUUGCAGGUUCUUUUCGCGGAUGGUUCGGUCGGCUGGUAUGAAGCGGGCUGGGGUCCGAUGAUUUCUGAGACUGCGUAUUUUGUCAAAGAUGUGAUCGGUCCAAGGGGGUCCGUCUCGAUCGUCAUGGAUGAGGGGAAGUGGCAGCUGCCGGUGGCUCGGCUGAUGUAG